AUGGAAAAGAACCUGCUGGAGGCAGUAGAGAAAGCCAGGCCGCUUCUACCACCUGCACCAAAAGAGCCACAGUAUGUGCCGCAGUCGUCACCACCAGAAGAGCAUCAUUAUUACUACUGCGAGUUUCCCCCAGAGGUAGAGCCGCAGGCCCAAGGGAAGCAAAGGGAUGCUCCUAGGAGAGACCACCCAAACUUCAGGUUGACUGAUCAGAAUCAGAACCAACCAUCGCAACCUUCUGAAGGGCAGCCCAACUGGCCUGCUCGAAUCCAGGAUAGGCCGAACACUGGAGGGAACAGAAUGCAGGAAGGUCAGGCAGGGUGGUCAAGUGGACCUCAAAGGAACUGGUCAAGUGGAGGACAGUCUAACUGGUCAAGCCAGGAACAGGAAGGAGACUGGGGGUACCAACAUCAAACCCCUCAGUUUAGCAAUCAGGGAAGGCAGUCAAACAAUCAACUGGUGAAUUAUGUCCCUCAGUACCAAAGAGGAAACCAACAAGGGAACUCACAGUAUUACCAAGGGAACCAGCAAAAUCAUUUCCCCCAGAAUCAACCAGAACAGUAUGGAUUGUCUGGCUACUACCAGCAAGGCCAUGGAGGAGGCUGA